AUGUCAAACAUAUCUGGUGGAGAAGAUAGCUUGAUUUUGUUUGCCACUGACUAUUUCACCAAUUGGGUUGAAGCAAUCCCUACCAAAUACGCCACAAGUAAGGUAGUGAUAAAAUUUAUGGAGGACCAUAUAAUAACCAAAUUUGGAGUGCCUGCUAGGAUUACUGUGGACAAUGGAAUGAGUUUUCAUUUAGAUGAGUUCACUUCAUUUUGUGGUAGCUAUGGAAUUAAUAUUCUAUAUUCAUCACCCUACCAUCCCCAAGCAAAUGGAAAAUUUGAAUCUAGCAAUAAAAACAUCUUGAAGAUAAUCAAGAAAAUGUUGGGUCAAAAUAAAAGAUCAUGGGUCUCAAAACUCGAAAUUGCAUUAUGGGUGGAUAGGAUCACAAUUAAGAAGGCUACAAGCAAGUCUCCAUUUGAAUGGGUUUAUGGAACACAAGAAAGGAUGCUUAUGCACAAUCUCUUGUCUAUGCACGGAUUCAUAGUUAAGGAAGGUUUGGAUGUCCUUGAGCCAAUGAAAGAGAGAAUGGAACAACUUGUAGAAUUGGACGAGGUCAAGCUGGAAGCACAAAAGAAGAAUAUAAAGAUACAACAAAAGGAAAAAUACCUGUAUGAUAAGAAGGCUAAAUACAAGAAGAUUCAAAUAGGGGAUUUAGUUCUUAUGUGGAAUUCUAGAGCUCGGGACAAAGGAAGGUAUGGUUAG